UUGACCAAAGAGGGCGGGAUUUAUAUUUUUGAAAAGUAGCGGUGCUACUGUUACCCAACAUGUCUGUUUUUUUAUUCUAAUCUGGUAAAGUAAUCGCGCUGGAUUAUGGCGUCGUGUGGUUUACUGAACCGCGGGGAUCCCUGCUUCCUGUCUCCCGCGAAGGCGUUUGCGAGGCUGCGGUCCAACGUCCCGAAGGAGCCGGUUUGUAACGUCAAGGAGCGGAACGGAAACGGCGUUAGAACGCGAUCUAAAGCCACAGCGGGCCGUGUCUGCGGGGCCGGCGGCCCGGCCUUCAACCCGAACCCGGCGGCUUUCUGCCGGGGCGGAGAGCAGAAGGAGAACGACAGGUUCGCGUCUCCCGAAGCCAAAGCGCAGGGGCCGCUUCGGUCGCCCAGCGCCGAGGAAACCUUCGGCUGUUUAUUCUCCUCCACCGUUCUGGGACAUCUGGGCGAACAGUUCCCAGUGGGCGGAUCCACGCGGAGACACCGAGCCCCCACGGAGUCCGCGUCCCAGCCCCUGCGUCGGCUCUACACAGAUCCCAGCACAGAAGACCCAGGGCCGCUGCAGGCCAACAGAAAACCUCGUGGGGACGGAGCUCAGAACAACACCGGCAGACAGGAUCCGGGCAGUGUUAGAGGUUUCCCCGGUGUUUGUCUGGAUCCGGCCUCCAUGCUGUCCCCCGCCAAGAUGUUUGCGCAAAUGAAGGAGAGGGAGAGUCUCCGGGGGCACCAGGGGAGUCCCACCGCCGGCAGGAGGCAGCUCUUUGCCCGGAAUGAGAGUACGUGGAACUUGGAGGAGUGCAGAGACACCGAUGUGUCCACAAUUUAUUCUAUGGAGCGCACGGUGGACCUUCCCGUAGCGAGCACUGUGAAACCCGUGAACCAGGACCAAUCAGAGCUGCCAGAGAGAGCCAGAGGAGCCUCUGAGGAUAUUCUAACACCCGCUUCACCGUCACCAGUGGCUCCGCUGGAGGACUCGCUGCUGCUCAGCACCCCGCAUGUUUCCAUACCGAAGAAAAAUAAGUCUGUGUUCAGACGCAACUCUUCCCCCAAGAUAAAGAAAUUCCCGUCUGAGAGUGUGAUUCACCUCAGAAAGUGGUUCCUGAGGAGGAAUAAUCGGGGUCUGUUCGUCGAUGGGAUCCAUGUAGAGAAGAACGUGCCGUGGAACAGUAAUAUCAUCACAGAGAGGAUUUCCCGUUCUGCGCUGAUGACCGUCUCUGGCAGGGUGUACAUCUUAGUCGGAGGCAUGAAAGUCAAACUCGCCACCGAUUUCCCAAUGUCGUUUCUGAAGAAGUUUUUGAGAGGCUUCCCUUUAAACUGGAAGACGCUUUAUGAGACGUUCCUGACAAAAGACAGGCAGGAGAGGAAGAACAACGAUACAGGAAGAACAAGGAUACAGUCUGUAAAAACACCCGAUACAUCUCUUCCCGCCUCCUGCUCCUUCCUGAACGUGACCCGAAGUGGUCGUGUGAUCAAGCCCCCUCUGGAGUAUUGGAAAGGAGGGAGAGUCAUCGUCGAUGCUCAGAUGAACGUCACCGUCCUCCAGAGUUACGAGACCCCCUGCCCCGAUCUCUCAACGUCUCUCUGUCCAAUGACGUCCGAGAAGGCGCCCCCCCUCUUCCUCCCCGGCAGUGACGGUUUGAGUCAACAUGAUUCACUUCCACACGAGGAAUGCUCGGUACCAGUGAGGAGAGUAAAGGCAGACCGGAAACAGAUCAGAGCUCAGGCUAAUCGGUACCAGAAAACAGCCAAUUUAACUACAGAGACGGCUAAAAGCCCCGAAGAGGUUUCUGUUAAAACGAGAUCCAGUAGGCGCCGUCAGUGUUUGGACGUCGAUCCACAGAAACAAGGUGAACCUGAGAGGCCUCCUAGUCGGAGGUUAAAGAAAACCAGCAGUCCAACAGAGACUGUCAUAAAUCUCCCACAAUCUCCUCGUAGAUUGAGACGAGGCAGAGCAGGGCACGGCACAAAAGGUGCGGCAGCCCGUAACAAGUCAGAGCUGGAGCCGAACGUUUCAGCCAACCAGUCCCCAAAGGCCCUAACAAAGAACAGGAAAGAGCAAAAAAAUAACUCCAGAGUAGCAAAAAAGUCCGUAGCGCUAUCAUCCUCAGCAGCGAAGCCUUCGUCCCGGACGACGCAACCCGGCAAGAGAAGCCGCCCAAAAAGAGGGAGCGCCUCUCCUCCACACCAGACAGAUGAGGACAAGUGGACGAAGGAUGAGAUCCAGAAACUGCAAACGGCUGUGAGCUGCUAUCCCAAACACGCAGCUGGUUACUGGGCGAAGGUAGCCAGGUUUGUGGGGACACGGUCGGCUGAAGAGUGCUACAAGCAGCACACCUCCCAGGGAGCCACCCUGAGUCCUGGGAAAAGCACCAAGAAUAGCAGAAAGGUGAAAAAGGGGGAGGCGGCGGCAGCAGCGGCGGUGAAACCUGCAGAGGUUCCUGUGAUAUCGGCCAGGCCGGGGACGCUGAGGAGGAAGCAACAGGUGCAACAGUUCCUGGAGGCUCUGCCCAGAGAAGAUAUGGACGACGCCUUCAGCUCGGAGUAUAUGAAGAACAAGCGCAUGGAGAUCCCCUCCUUGUGUUCGAGUGAAGAUCUGGAUUUGGCGCUGUCAGACCUGGAGCCUCAGACCCCGGAGUCUUCGGAUUUCCUCGAAGUGAAGACGCCUCAGUGUUUGCACAUAACCCCCGGCAUGAUUGGCUCUCCCAGCACACACACUGACAACAAGUACGUCUUCCAGCUGCAGAAGAGGAUGAGAAAGAAUCGGUUUGAUGUCUGCAAAACCUCGUCGUCUUCAAAGAAGUUCAAAAUCACGCCAUCGGUUAGGCGAACCGUGCGAAGAUGCAUUAACACAGCAGAAAAUGAUGCCUUUGUCAUCCAUGAGAUGGUCCCCGAAAACAGCAGCGAGCUGUACGACAGCGACGAGGAAGAAGACUUUUACUUCUCAGACAGCUAGUGUGGAUUUACAGGGAAAAAAAAGUCUUAUUUGUAGUUGAAAUUUCUCUCAGGAAACCAAGAAAAAGAAAAUUUUUAACCUUCUGGACUCCUGCCUGUGAAAUGCAUCCAGUCGGAUGGUUGCAGAUCUGAAAAGAGCACAACGGUGAUCCUCUGGACUUCCUGUGGCUUCUGUAAAUAUCUCUUCUUUAAAGUCCCCUCAAUCAGUUGUAAUUUUUUUUUUUUUUUAAAUAAAAAUUUUUCUAUCCUUUUUAUAGGUUGAGGGGAAAUUGUGUAAAUAAACUCAUUACAUGGAUAUUUAGAAUAGGUUCUUUUUUAAUCAUCUUUUUUUAGGUACGUGUCUGUAGUUGCAUCUGUCCGUUUAAAGAUCUGUUUCGAUAUUUUAUGGAUCUUUCUCUGUUGGUCUGUCUCAGUCGAACAUGAUGUAUGAAUUUAAUCAGAAGUCCAACCAAAUAAGCAUUUGGUUAUCGCCCCUAUUUCCAACAGUUCUUCAGAUCCAGCUGUGAACACUUAAGCCGAGUAAUGAAACUAAAGGGAACUGAUGGUAUUUUUAUAGCAGAGGAAAACAUUGUUUAGCGGGUCAGUUAAGACAAAUAUCUAAUUUAAACGUGAGCGCCUCGGCCCUGCACAGAAGUUCUGAGUAUGUUUACUGUUAUUUUUCAGAUUAUACCGCCAACAUGUAGUAGUCAAUAAGAAAUAAAGGAACUCUUUUUAA